AUGGCAGCUGCAUACCCUCCCGGCGGAACCUACUUCCAAACCAUCAAGAAGAGCUUCGCAGACGUCCCCGUCGAUGAGUCCAAGGACAAUGCUAUCUCGACGACUGAGUUCCUAGAGGCUGCUGAAAGCACCACCACCCUGUUCGAUGUCUUGGGCUCUGUGGCUUUCAAGCCCGUCAAGGGUGACAUGAGCGGCAACAUCAAGAAAAUCCGCGACAGGCAGCUCGCAGCACCAGCCCAGUCAGAGACGCUCCAGGAGCUUUGCUUGAACGAGCUCAAGGAGAAGAAGCACACUGCCACCGAGGGCCUCCUGUGGCUGACCCGUGGCCUCGACUUCACUGCUCAGGGUCUCCGUCAUAACAUCUCCAACCCUUCCAAGGAGCUCGCCGACUCCUUCCGCGACGCCUACGGCAACACACUCAAGCCCCACCACUCCUUUAUGGUCAAGCCUGUCUUCAGCGCUGCCAUGAGCGCUACCCCCUACCGCAAGGACUUCUACAGCAAGUUGGGCGAGGACGACAGCCAGGUGCAGGCUGAGCUGGAGAAGUGGCUCGCCGCAUUGGAGAAGCUCCUGGCUAUCUUGAACACGUUUUUGGCAAAGAAGGAGGCCAAGUGGUAG